CAUGCACACCGGCCACAGAGAACGAGAAGCCGGAGAACGACGAUGAGCAACGAGGGCGCCGGGCCAGCAGGGCCAGUGCGGCGGCCGGACAACUCAAGAAAGACGUCAGUCACGACGUACGUCCCGCAGCGGCCGCCACCGGGCCUUGAUGCCGACGAGAAGCUGGGCAGCAGCAGCAGCAGCCGGCGGCCGGCCGGGCGCGCCGAGGAGAUGCUCCGACGCCGACGCGCCGCCGCCUGGCAGGUCCUCUCGCACUGGGAGGGCCGCGACCGUGGGUUGCAGCUGCUCCAGUCCACCUCGCUCCUCGUCCACUCGCUCCUCACCGCCCCGCCGCACCGCGUCUCGUACUUUUCGCCCCUCGUUCUUGUAUUUGCCUUUCCACGCGCGACGCGACGCUUGACACUCCGGCGCAUACAUCUCGCCUCGGAGUCCAUCGCCAACUUGCGCCGGCUCUUGCUCCUUGGCCGCUGGCUCUCGGAGGUAGUGCAGGCCAUGAAUGAGGCACUGCCAUCGGGCCAGGUGACACCCAAGAGCGACAAGGAAGCAGAGGAGAAGGAAAGGGAGGAAGAAGAAGACGAAGAGGACGAAGCGGAAAAGGACCAGGCCGAGGGCGUAUCGAGCUGGAAGCAAAAGUGGCGACGGCGGCUCGAGGCUGGUGGCGAGUAUCUGGCCCUGCUCGGCGAAGCAUGCGACGUGGCUGCGUUCCUGGGCGGCUCCAGCAUCCUCUGGAGGGUCGCCGGCGGCAAGGUCGCUUCGACACGGCAGCGGAGAGGCUUGGAGAGAAUAGGUGUCUUCUUCGGCCUGCUGUCGCUCCUCCUGAGCCUGGCGCAUAUACACCUCCUCCGCAAAGAGCAGCGAGCACGCGUCCGCGUCGCCCAUCUCGCACUGCUGGAAGCGACGGACAACCUCGAGUACGAAGACGAGGAGGCCGAGGAAGCAGGGCACAGCGCGCUGCUAUCAGGGAGGAGCAUCGAGGUGGAAGAUGCGCUGGGCAACAGCAGCAGCAAGGCCGUCUCCCCUUCCUCCUCUCCUCGCCAGAGGAAGCAGUCACUGUCCAAGGCAACAACAACAUCGACGUCGGCAGCGGAGGCAGCCUCUUCGACGACGACGACGAAGGUGGCAGUCGAGGAGCUGCGCCGGGCCGAGCGCGAGGCCUUUUUGACGAGGAAGCGCAUGCGCCACAUUGGGUGGGAGCAGACGGCCCUUCGCGCAGAGGCCGUCUUCUGCCUCGCCGAGGUGCUAGCUCCUGCGCGGGACCACGAGAGGCUCGAGGCCGUCACAGGCACAGUGUCGAGCCUGUACGGCCUGGCAAAAAUCGGCGGCGAGGCAAGAUGGGGUGUGUGAAUGUUUAUCUGAUACCUGAACGAUUACUCUCGAUACCUCGGUCAGACGCCCGAGGGCUUGCGUACGGAGGAGGGAGG